AUGAAUCAAACUAAACCAACGUAUGAUCGAAUACAACCCAGCAUUAUCUACGAAGAUAAAAUUCAGUGUAAAAAAGAUCAAAAGCAAUAUAUCGGUUGUUUAGCUAGAUUCUUUUACUCUGACGGAUUUCAGCGUACGACGUUGCAUUUAUUUGAAAAUAAAACACCGAAAAGUUCUUGUCUUUCUUUCGAAUUACACGAUUAUGAAAGAGUGGAAUCGUGUGUUGAACAAAAGAAAGAAACUGCAUGGAAACUUCCAUCGUUGAGUAGAACUACUUAUGCGUUUCAAUUAAUACCAAGACAUAAAGAAAAAGUCCAAAUAUUCGUUUGUGAAACCGAAGAACAUCGAAAUAAAUGGAUGGAGAAACUCAGUGAAAGCAUUGCAAACUUCGAAACUCUGGAAAAUUAUGCUUAUGAUCCAGAAUCACAAGUAGAUGAGGUUGAGGAAGAAAAACCUGUCCUGCGAAAACCAGCACCACCUGUACCGAACAGAACGAAACCUGUUAUGGAUAAUCGAAUGGAAAUAAAGAAAGAAUCAGCGAAUUUGAACUACGUUACAGUCAAUUCGAAGAAAUCAUCAUUAUGCAUAGAUGAUCUUUUCUACGCAGGAACGUUCGAUGAACUGCACAAAAUCUUCAUGCAAAUCGAUAAACCUGGUGUGUUCGCUGUAAUGGAGAAAGCUAAUCCAGAAUAUGAUUGUAAAUUGGCCAUACGUGUCUACGAAAAUCAACACUCACCCAUAUCAUCAUGGAAUAUUUAUCAUAAUCAUCAGAUGAAUGAAUAUCAUCUUGUGGAAAAUGGUCCAACUUUUGCAAAUAUUGUGGACUUGUGCUCACAUUACAUGAAAAAUGAUUUACCAAGCAAAUCAAGCACAAUCAAUCGUUUAAUUGCGCCAUAUAAAUUCCAUUUUCAUUGA